AUGCCAGGCUUACAAGAUCUUGCAUUCGAGAUUCUGGAGUACAUCUGCGAACUCGUUGCUGGACCGCAACCGAGAAAGCUCAUUCCGUUCUCGGAAGUCAGCAAGAAAUGUCUCGCAGCAUCGUCACAAUCUCUUUGGGAGAUCAUACCGCUCAGAAUCACUCGUCAAGACCAAAUCCCACAAGCCGUCGAACAGCUCAAACAUAUCCUUCAGAACCGACUGGGCCGUGAUGGAAGAGUACGCUGCGUCUCAAUCAGGGGCCGUAAACCAUUGGACUACCAAGGGAGCAGGCAAUCAAAGAUCAAACGCCUCGAAAGGGCUUACUUGGACAACAUCGCCUGGCAACCACUCGCGGAUGUAUUGGCUGGGAUGCCACCUCUAUCGGAUAUGGAAUGGGAGAAGGAUGAGCUUCCGCCUUGCAUCUUCCGCUCNCUCAUUUCUCACCACCACAACUGCAGGCUCCGAAUAGUUGGAGUCAAACGUCAUGUGGACAAAAGCCUAGACCCAGACGAGCAACCUGCAGCAACAUCGUCUUUCAUGUAUGAGCUGCUCCUGCCACUGAACAAGGACUACGACUUUUGUAGUGAAAGUCCGCAUGAGUUUGACCUGGUCAUGAGGUCCACUGGACCCCCAGCGCAUUAUAGAGCCGCUGCCCUAUCGACUCUGGAGCUUACUGAUGCGCACGCUUCAGGCCACACUUCAGGCUCAUGGGUGGUGAUUGGAGACGAACACAUUGUUAUGUGGAAUAAGCUCACUCAUCUUCCUGCUCUGCGCAUCCUCAAAUCAGAAUUGAAAGUUCACGCAAGUGCACUCAUGUGGUUCACAGUGAACCCCUCACUUGUAUCGCUCAAGACACUUGACAUCAAGCUCCAAAGCGAAAGCAUGUUACGGCGGCCUGAGGCUCUGGGUGACUUGCUUCAUAGCCUUCCACCUCUGGAAAAUCUCGCGCUUACUGGCGAGAUCAACCCAGCCCAAUCUCAAGAAUGGAUAUUAUCCCAUGCUUCCAGUUUGAAGCGACUGCAGCUGAAGACGAUGGAGCACAGUAACAAGACAUUUGAUCUCGUCUCACUGAGCCCAAUGGUCCAACCCCUUUUGCCACUUCUUGAGCAUUUGAGCAUUACCAUAAAGCGAUCCAAAGGCGAUUCGGACGAAGUCAGCAUCUACAAAAUUCUCGGUGCGACGCCUAAGCUCCAGAGCAUCGUGCUCGGAUUGGAUUGUUCAGAGCGUUCUGUUGCGACAUCGCCUCACCAUCUCUUGGAGCCAGAAGGCUCAGACACCGACUUCUGGCAGCGGACCUGGACAGUGAGUACGAACAUACACGAUCGACAUCCCGGCUAUCCCAACAUCUAG